AUGGAUAUCUUAUUAUUAGAUUAUGAAAAUAAUAUGGCUAGUAAAUGUAUAUUUCCUGAAUGUAAUUAUAUAUUAUCAACUUAUAAUGAUUCUAUAAUAAUAAAUUUAGAUAUAAAAUCAUUAAGUAUUAAUAAAUUUGAAGAAUAUAUAAUGGAUAGAUUAUCAAUACUUCAUUUUAUAGAUAAUAAAUGUAAUAAUGAUGAUAAUAAAUCAUUAUUAGAGUCAAAUAAUAAAAAUAUUAUUGAUUUAUAUUUAUCAGAAAAAGGAUUUAAAUUACCAGAUAUAAAUAAAAUUAUUAAUAAAGAAAAUUCACAGAUAAAUAAUAUCAAUAAAUAUUAUGAAAUUAUUGAAGAAAUAUUUAUUAAAGAUGCAAUUAGUCACUUUUUCUUAAAAUUAGUUUAUUUAAAUAAUCGUGAUAAACAAGAUUGGUUUAUAAAACAAGAAAUUAGAUUAAUGAUAUUUAAAUUAUCUAAUAUUAUUAAUAGUAAUGUAUUUACAAAAAGUUAUAAUAUUAAUAAAAAAAUAGAAAUAAUUAAUAAAUUAAUGAUAUCUAAUUUUGGAGAUAAUUACCCAUUCUUAUAUUAUGAUGAUAUAUUAAAUAAUAAAGAAUAUGAAGAUAUAUGGUAUAAAGCUAUAAGUAUUAUACCAAAUGGUAAUAAUAUUAAAAGAUUAUUAAAAGUACCAUUUUGGCCAGAUGGAUAUAAUUUUAUAAAAUAUCGACGAUAUUUUAUAAAAGAUGGUAUAUGUUAUAUUCCUGAAAAUGAAUUAGAAAAUCUAUUUAUUUCAAGAUUUAAGAGAAGUUUAAUUAAUACAAUUAAUUUAUUGAAAAAUAAUGAAUAUAUUUUAAAUAAAUAUAUAUAUUCUGAUUUACGUAUAUCAGGAUUUUUAAGAAAUAUUGGAAAUUCAUAUUUAGGAUCAGAUUAUAAUUAUAAUGAAGAUAUUAAUGAUUUAAAUAUCAUUGGUAAUAAAUUAGAUAUAUCUAAUAUAAAUAAGUUAUCAAUAAUAUCAUUUCCAUUAUGUAUGAGACGAUUAUUUGAAUAUUUAAAACAAGAUCAUCAUCUUAAACAUUGGGGUAGAUUACAAUUAUGGUUAUUUUUAAAAGGUUGUGGAAUGAAUUUAGAUGAACAAAUAAAAUUAUGGAGAUCAUUAUGGAUUGAUCAUACAUCAUUUGAUAAAGAAAUUAAAUAUAAUAUAAGACAUGCAUAUGGACAAGAAGGAAAAAGAAGUAAUUAUUUACCAUAUCCAUGUAAUAAGAUUAUUAAUGGCUUACCAUUACCAGGAAAUGGACAAAAUCAUGGAUGCCCAUUUAAAACAUUUGAUAUAACAGUAUUAAAGAAAUUAUUACAAAAUUAUUAUGGGAAUUUGAUAGAUUCUAAUCAAAUUCAAAAUAUUACUAAUUUAAGUAAAAUAGGACAUUAUCAAUUAGCUUGUUUGGAUUUAUUUAAAAUUUUACAUCCUGAUUCAAAUGCUCAAGGUAUAGGAAAUCAUCCAAAUUCAUAUUUUAAACAAAGUAUGAUUUAUUGGAAUAAAAAGAAUUGA